CGAAAGGCCAGAAUGCCUUUUUUGCGCCUGGGCGGCGGGGAUGCCGGAGAGCAAGGUAGAUGUAUGCAAGAUUGGUGAGAGAGUUGAUGAACUCGGCUAUGUAUCGCGUAACUGCAUAAUCCUCUUCACAGAAAUUUGCCGCACUUGUCGGUGUGCCCCAAAAGCCCAUUGACGCAUGUGGAUCGCCCGAGAAAUGGUGGUUGUGGUGUCCCAUGAUUGCUCGAACAGCGUUAGGUGCUUUAUGCGACGGUGAAUACGGUCGAUUGCUGGGCGUAGGUCGGGAUCAGCGUCACAUGCAAGGCUGGCUAGGUGAUUGCUUUGAAGAGAUCUUUGCGAAUUCUCUCAUACAGCUGCUUUUAACCAGAUUUCGGAACGCACGGGUGCGCUAGAACGUACGAGCCGGAAACAUGAGAUACUUGUGGGGGUCGGACAUAUAUG